CCCAAAUCCCAUCUCAUUUUCGUUCCCCAACAAUACCUGUUCGCCCUAACACAACUCCGCGGCAAAUCGAUACGAUAUGGAGAUUCUUUCCCGGAAAUUCACGUCACACGUAUAAUUCGGCCUGCCGAAUUUCGCUCGUUGUGUGGAUUCCUGCAUUUGGUGGUCCUCGGAAAGGAGGCUGCAGGUGUCGGUGCUCUUUUCGUCCCUACUCGGACCUCUCUUUCCAGGCUUCUUAAGAGCAUCUGUUUUCCUCCCCUAUGUUAUCAACUGAAGUCAUUCUCAACCCCUUACAGCGAGUUGUAAGGGCGAGGGUGACGUUCCGCGCACGUCCUUCAUGUUUUUGGCCCAGGCGAACUCAGUCGAGCUCGUCCGCAACACAGGUGACCAACCACACCCAUCACGUACAACCCUGACAAGUGUUUGAGUCCCUUCGUCCUUCCCAAAUUUGUCUCCCAAUCCAUCUACCAUUCGCAGUUGCUAUUGGCAACAUCGCCCAUCUUCCCCCUUCUGUCUCCUCUCUAUUCAGUUGGACAACAUUGUCCAGAAUAAUUGGUGGCAAUGGUCCCACUCGCACAGUCUCCAUACUGCAGCAGUCCUCGAUACGAUGCGAAGGGCUCGCAAUCAGUGGGUUUUUCAUCUUUAGAAGAUAUCUCCCAGCGAGCCGAGAGCAGCUUGGAACAUGGGAAACGUCCCAAUUCGAUGGGUAACCGCCCGUCGCGUGUCGAUUUCUUGGAUCAAGCCGUCCCAGCCUUGCAGGACCACUUGGUCCAAAGUGGUAAACGCAAGACUACUCACAGCCCCGAGGGUGUGGAAUGCACCGGGUACGUCCAAGGCAACCCCAAGAAAGUGAAGCUGGGAGCAGAAGAGGAGCAGCAGUCUCAUUUGACUCGGGACAAAGCUCAGCUCCCUCCAGAAAUUUGGCAUCAUAUUUUCACCUUCAUCCCCACAAGACGCUUGGGUGUUCUGCUACGAGUCAACAGACUCUUUAACGAAUACCUUGACCCUCGAUUUUCUUCCAGAAGCCACCCCUCUCCCUCGGAAUACUCACGUUGCAUCAAGCCAUUAUUGCCCGAUACAAUCUGGCAGCUGUCAAGGAGAUUGCACUGGCCCAGAAUGCCUGCCCCUUUGAGAAACAGGACCGAACUCGACAUGUGGCGCCUCUGUUGUGCCAAAGUCUGCAACCUUUGUGGGGCUGCUAAAUCGAUACAGCAACAACAGGAAUCCUAUAAUUCCUGGCGCUUGGGACCCGGGCUUGAUGGUCUGGCUCCUAUCUUCGCAUUCGGGAUUACCUGUUGCGGUCCCUGUCUUUUGAAAGGCUCCGUGAAGGAAAUCGACCUGCUACUUUCAUCCACAACACCGUCUUCGCUCAUUCCCGCACUCGCAUACGUGCUCGUUACAAGUGAACUCCAAGUCGUGCCACCUAGCACUAUGACAAGCAUUUUGAUUUCCGAGAAGCUAGAAACUACCAAGCUGUAUCUGGCCUCGAGUAUCGUGACCGCCAAAGAGGAUCUUCGUGCUGCCCAACAUCUGGGAACAGCGGCAGUCGAGGAAUGGCUGGCAGGUCUCGACGCCCGGGGCAAGGAUCUAAGGAGCGACGCUGCUCGAUGGGAGAGGUGGGCGGCUACGGGUGGGCUGGCCCUCAUAAACCAACAAAUACGGCGACAGCCGAACCACGAAUUGAAUGGCCCAGUCCACGCAGUAUUGAUGCGAGCCUCCCCAGGAACAUCAAAGUCGGUCGCCGGCCAAGAAUCCCAAGAGGAUAAAUCACUAUCACCAACAUCAAUUGCCAUGGACCACCAAUUAGACUCGCCAGCAAAUGCAAAUCGGGCCAGUAAACACCAAGAACAGCGAGAAAGAGACCACGAAGAGGCCGCGGCAUUGAAGGCGUUGCGGCGUGCCGAAAUUGAGCGUCGAGCCAUGCAAAUCGAACCCCCUUUGCCGCCCAAUCUUCUCGUUCAUAUGACUUGCUUUCAAACGGCAAUCAAGACGACCGCUCCUUUGGACGACAAUGCGUGGGGCACGUUGUUGCCCAAAUUGCUCGCUGAACGAACAGACGCCGAGAGAUCGAAAAACAAGAGUCUAUCAAUCAGCCCAAUCGCCAGUCCCGAAACCAACCAUGGGUCGCUGAAAAAAGUUACGGACAAAGACUGGGAUGAUAUUCAAGGCCCGGUCCGCGCUCAAAUUUCGAAGUACGCAGACGACAUUGUUCGCAACAGCUGGGGAAAAGGUCGCAAAGUCAAGAAGGAGAACAGCCCACGGUUUGCAGCAGAGGUGCUCCUAUCAGUGCGUGCACGAUUCUAUGCAGCCGUGGCGCAAGAUGCCGCAGUUGCCAUCGCAGCUGACCAACAGCCAGUCGUUGAUCCGCCCGAGGGACCCUUCACCCAGAAACUCACACUUGAGAAUAUGAAAUGGGUGUUUGACACGAAGAUCAAACCUCAUACCGAAUCGUAUCGCAAAGAAUUGUUUCUCUGCAACGGGUGUGACAGCAACAGGUUCUAUGGUUUCGAAGGAGUGAUUCAGCACUAUGCUGCGAAACAUACCAAAGCUCUCAGCCUCGGCAACGUGGUUGUCCAUUGGCGGGCCGAAUGGCCGGAGCAAUCACCAUUCAGACCCAAUGCUCGACCAACCAAACACGACCAACCAACAACAUCAAACGUCCCGCCGAGCCAUGCAUCGCCAGUCCAAGCACAGUAUGGCGUCUAUGACACCCUCCAUCACGGUGGAAGUAUGCAUGCACCCCCUUUCAACUUCCUCCUUGGACAAGUUGCACCAACUCCGUCUUAUCCUCCCCAGCAUACUGGCCCAUACCCCCCACCACAUCCCUACACUGAGGGCAACUUUGUGUCUUUUGCUCCUUACUUGGGAUCUGGUUAUGGAGCCAAUGGCGGCUCUCAGACGUAUGUAACGGCGCCCACAGGCUUCGGCCUGCAUCCUGGCCUACCUGGUCCUCUGGAAUACCCUCCCAGCAUUCCGGGACCGCUAUAUCCCGGCCAACCACAUCAUGCUGAGUCGAUGCAAAACAACAAUCAGCCUCAAUCUGUUGCGGCAAUGGGGUCGCCGUUUCCGUCUUUCUAUUAUACGCAAAUGGAAAUCGUUGCCCGAAGUGCGAGAGAUACCUGGAACGCGCUUUCCAGCGUCAGAGACUUGCCUGGACCUUUGAGGGUAUAUGUUGUGAUAUACCAUGUGGUGAAGCGCUUUCGCUUGAGGUUCUCCGAGGCCCCGUCUCUGCGAAUUUUCAACGACGGAUUGUCAAAUAACAAGGAGAUGCGUCCAGUCCGCAACGUCAACGGGCUGAUGUGUAAGUCAUGUACAUUGGGCUUGGGCCCAUCCGUUAAUUCAGACCGGAAGACGUUUUCACUGCCACAGCUCGUCAACCACUUCGAGAACCGUCACCUUGAAUUUCCAAAGGUCAGCGAUUGGGGCCAGCCAAGCCUGGAUUGGACACAACACAUGGUUCUACUCCCAGAGGUGUCCGAGAUGCCUGACCUAAGAGGGAUUCUUGGCCACAAAGGGCACAAAUUCAACCUCGUCAAUGAAGCAGCACCCUGGUUUUUUACCAAGCUGAGUGAACCGUCCCGUCGACCUCAAAAUGCUUGGCCUCGGGGUGUUUCAAAUCCAGAUGCUCCUCACCACCCUGUCGACAAUGCUCGUCGUCCCCGUCCUCUCCAGCCAAACGGUCGUGGGAACAAAUGCCCAGAUUGGCGGGACUCGACGUUUACUCGGGAUCCAUCCAAUGUGAGACAGGCAGAGGUUUCUCAGAAACGCCCAUCACCUUUUGGUUUCAACGAUUGCACAACAGCGGUUCAUGGGCCGUUCUUCGAUCCCCACCGAGCAAGAGAGACGCGGCCGCAGUUCGACCCUCCUGUCUCAGAUACUCACUGGUCUGAUGCCUGGAACAGCCCUUCACGAUCAAACAACCAACCAUACGAAAGCAUGUAUAAUGGAGGAGGACAUCUCGAAAUCACCGACACGCCCCGUCAUCGCGUGAGCCCAACUCAUGGCCCAGAUCGAACCAAUCUCGUUAAAACAGGGCGGCGUCAUUUACGCGAGCGAUCCCAAGCACCUGGCCUUUCUUUGGCCGAAUCGAUAUCCGAGCAGUAUGCCGGGUGCCGUGUAGGCGAAGAGCGUUUUUUUCACGUGUCUGAUCAGAAUGCAUCGGUCGGGCCACGCCUGGCACGGGAACGAACCCAACCGAUGCCUCAAGAUACACAGCUCGGCCGGGUCCCUCGUUCUGCGACUAUUUUCCGACCAACAUCUGCAGGUCCACCACCACCAAAAGAGCCCGACAAGUUCACCCUGACCGCCGCUCUCGAGUCCUAUCUCGCCCGAGGCCGCGAUGUACCCACGCAAAUAUAUAAUGAUGGACUGAUGACUUGUGACCCCGGUAUUGAGAUGCGAAGAGAUGCUGCACACGAGUCUUAUCAGCCCGCUUAUCGUGCCCAACAGAAAGAGCACGUGGAGGUUGUCGACCAUGCUCGGCAAGGGCUAUCCAAUCGACAAUCCAGAGAGCCCUAUCUACUGCACUUCCCGGGCGAUUCUUACGAGGCGGCAUACACCCAGUGCCCCCCUGCAGAUCAACUCUCAGGUCAUGCUGGAGGCCGACGGAAGGCAGUGUACUUGUACGCCAACGAACUGCGCAACUCACCAGUGCAGUAUGAAGAACAGUACGAGAUCGUUCUCAUGAGAGAUACCGAGGGCGAGUAUGUUGUCCGACGUCCGAUAUUACGCGAUCGCGAGCCACCGCACAUACUAUACGAGGAAGACCGCCGUGUACAUUUAGACCAAGAAGCUUACCCGCCAUCUUACGGUUCUGUGUACGAAUCGACUCCGAGAGAGGGUAAUCUGGGUGGGCGGCCUGCUCCUGCAAGUAUGCGUCAAGUCUCACUUCGGACCGGGGACAGUCUGCCACUCUACGAAGAGUAUGACCCGAGUGUCCCGGCUCCUAUGUCAAGUUCAAGUGAAGCAAGGGGCUUUGGCCAUUAAGGGAUGCAACUUUU